AUGAGAACGUCCCUCUUUUACGCCCUUAACAGCGCUCUUGGGGCAGUAGCUCACGAGUCGCUUGCAUACUUCAAGAUCGACUCCGGAAAGGAAGAGCGUCGCUCCCUUGACGGCUGUGGAAAGUAUGGCAAGCACAAGUGGGUUCCUGACCCUUCCACAUUUGUUUUCCCCCAGAACGAUUACAAGCCUGGAAACUCCUGGGAUCUCUGUGUUGACUCAGCUCACUGUGCUCCUCACGAGGCUUUGAGCAAGGUCAACUUUGAUUUCAAGGACAACGCCAUUGUCUUCAACUUCAAGCACAUCGAGCACUACAAGUACGAAGAUGUAGUCGUCUAUGUCGAGCGUGGUAAGCCUCCUACAGAGUACUCCCAGAAGUACAGCAAGGAGAGCGACCACUGCAAGAUCGUUGAUGACUACAAAAAGGCCAAGUGUCACAUUCCUUACUUCUCACUGACUGAUGGUGGUUCAUACGACGAACUUUGCCCCAUCAAGGACAACGGCGGCUGGAGGCUUUACAUCAAGAUCAAGGCCAAGAUCUCCCACGGUUACAAGAAAUACGGUCUCUACAGCCGUGCUGGCGACAUCCACGAGAAGUACUUCACUCUUAGCUACACUUGUGCUGAGUGUAAGGAAUACAAGCACAAGGAAGGUAAGUACGAGGUGGUCGAGGAAGUCAAGGACUUUCCCGAGGAGGAGAAGAAGAAGUACGAUGAUUAUGAAGAGGAAGGAAAGGAGAAGUACAAGCGCGGAGACGAGGAGAAGGAUUACAAGGAGAAGGAGAAGGAGAAGGAAUUCCGUCAUGAGCAUCACCACAAGCAUCACCACCACCAUGGUCACGAGCACGAGCACAAGCACGGCCAUAAGCACGGUCAUCUUCAUGGUCACCUUCAUAAGGAGCAUCACUACAAUCAUCACGACAAGUAUCACGGCUACGGUAAGGAUCAUGAGCACAAGGACUACGAGCACAAGCAUCAUGAUCCCCACUACCUUCACGAACAUAAGGAUUACAAGCAUGGCGAUCAUGGCGAUCAUGCUCAUCAUGCUCAUCACUAUGAUGAGCAUAAGCAUUAUGACCAUCAUGAUCCCGGCUACCACCACCAUGAUGACUACAAGCACCACGAGUACUAUGAUCCCAGCCGUCACCAUGAUCACGAUAGCUUCUUGAACGAUUUCUUCAAGAAGUACGGACACUACGAUUAUCACCAUGGAAAGCACCAUUACGAGCAUCACGAUGGAUACCAUCACCACCAUGCUCGUGAUUUAGCUGAUGAGACCAAGGAUGAGUCAGUCAAGAAGAGUGAAAAGGGUGAAUACAAGCAUGACGAGCACAAGCAGCACAAGCAUGGCCACCAUCAUGGUCACUACCACGCCCAUGACCAUGAUCAUCACCACAAGCAUCGUCACAGCCAUCAUGAUUAUCACCACUACGAACAUUACGAUCCUGGCUACCAUCAUGAUCACAAGCACCACGACCACGAUCACAAGCACUACGGUCACAAGCACUACGGUCAUCAUGAUGAGCAUCACAAGCACUACGAGCACCACAAGCACUAUGAGGAUCACGACCCUAGUUACCAUCACGAGCACCACAAGCACUACGAGCAUCAUCAUGGUGACAAGCAUGGCAACUACAAGCACCACAACAAGCGAUCCGAGGAGUACCAUGACAAGCACCACAACAAGCAUUACGAAGAGCCUGUCACCGUCUACUACAAGGAGAAGGCUGAGGAUGUCAAUGCCAAGGCGAACCAUGUGAUUUACGAGAAGGUCCAAAAGCACGAGAUCCCUGCCCACAUCUACAAGAAGCUUGCGGAAGCCAAGAAGCACCACUACGAUCAUGAGCAUGAGAAGAAGCAUGGUCACGAGCACAAGCAUGGUAAUGAUGAUCACAAGCAUGCUGAGGAGCAGUACUACCAGAAGAAACUCGCCGAAGCCAAGCUCGCUAAGGCCAUAAAGGAGUACCGCGCGAUUCACUAUGGAAAGCAGCACAACGAGCCCGAGUACAGGGAGUAUCAGCAUGAGAACUACGAGAACAAGUACUACAAGCCCGAGGUGAAGCAUCAUUUCAACCACUACUUCCAGAAGAUUGAGCCCAAGGAGAAGCACCACUACGGCCACCAUGAGUACAAGCAACAUGGCCCCAAGGUGUACUACGAGCUCAACAAGUACGGACACGAGAACAAGCACAAGCACCACGAAAAGUACAAGGAGUACGAGCCCGAGAAGUACAAUCACGGUCAUUACAAGUACAAGCAGCAUGAGUACAAGAAGCCUCAUCACGAGUCAGACCUCUACCGCGACAAAAAGGAAUUCCUGAAGAAUUACAAAUAUGAUGGCGAAAACAUUCAUACCGUUUGGGAGAAGCUCUACAAGGCCAAGGUAGAGAAGGAGCAAAAGCACAAGCAAAAGACUUACGAGGCUCAUGUUGGCAAGCGCCCUGCUUUCUACAAAUAUUCCAACGUCAAGCGCGCGGCUUUGCCCAAUUCCUACCACGGAGACGAGGUAGUAGAGAUUGACAUUGCCGAGGUCGAGAAGUACAUUGAGAAGUCUGAGUAUAAAAUCAACGAAGGCAUCAGCAAGGCCAUCUACAAGGCCAUCAACUCUGCUGGCGAUGAUCCCUCUACUGGCACCAUCAUCAAGUUUUACAACAAGGUUGAGGCUGCCAUCAAGUACAUCGUCUCCAAGAACCUCAAGAAGGCUGUUGCCCACAUUGCUGAGAUCGACGGUGCCAAAGAGCCCGUUGCUGAUGAGGUUGUCAAGUACAUCUACAAGGCUGUCAAGCAUAUCCUCGACGCUGCUGACAAGAUCUUCACAAAGGGCAUUGACGCUCUCGGUGAGGACCCUACUAAGAAGGAGGUUGAGUACGCUAUCGCCAAGGUUGAGAAGCUUCUCGCCAGGGUUGUCGAAAAGUACGUCCGAGAGGCUAUCGUUGAAAUCUUUGAUCUGGAAUACGUGACUGAGAAUUCUUAUGGCGAGUAUGAGAAGUACGACAAGCGUCAGGUGGCCGACGUUCAGAACGUUACAGCAUCCGCUAGCAACACCACCACUACCAAUUCCACUGCCCAGGCUACUACUGCUAUCGGUACAAAGCCUGCCAACCGAUUCAUGAGACUGUUUAUGCGCCAAGUCUCUCAGAACGCUACUCAAUCUGUCAACACCACUGCCCAGGCUGUCAACGUCACUGAGACCCAGACCCUGAUGAGGUUCAUGAGACGCCAGGCUCAGAACGCUACCGAUGCCGCGGUCAAUGCCACGGCCCAAGCCGUCGCCGAUGUCAACCAAGCUCUCAACACCACCUCUCAAGCUGUCAAGGUCACCCAGGCUCAAAACACUAAGCGUACUGAGGUCUACAGCGAUUCAAAGAUUGAGAAGGUUGUGGAAAAGGCUGCUGAGAAGGCUGCCAACAAGCUCCUUAAGAAGAUCGAUGGGGAAGACAAGCUCAGUGCGAAGCGAGAUACCAAGCAAUCGAAGCGUGCCAAGUUCUACAACGGAUACGUUCCCGAGUGCAAAGGUAAGAUCGUCAAGGCUUACGGCAUCGAUGGUCUACACUCUGCUCCCUUGAAGGAUCUUGCCUCGGACACGCACCCCAACACAUGCCAUGACCACCAAGGUGAUUAUAUUCUCUACAGCUACGAGGAGCUCAAGAACACCGUCUAUGGCAAGCUCUACGAGCCUCACGGUGGGGAUACCAAGUUCGGCGACUUCUUCAUCGAGUUGGUCAAGUCCCAUGACGGCUAUGGCAAGGAGAUUGUUGUCUCGCUCGAUGUCUCAGAUAAGUACCAGUUUGAGGCUACUGAGGCCAAGGUGUUUAUCGGCUGCACUCCAGGUUCCGAUGACAAGUUUAACGAGAACAUCUGCUCCGAGAAGACAUAUCCUUACCUGGCUGUUGCUGAGAAGAGACUUAACGAGUUUGUCUUUGCUAUCCCCGACAAGUACCAUUGCAGCGAGUACUUCGUUGCCAUUGUCGUUGAUUUCUGCGACGCCAAGUACUCUUCAUAA